CACUAAUGACAAAACCCAAAACCCAAAACGCUGCUUCACUCCAUCCUAGAACCCUAACAACAAUGGCGGAUUGUGAGUCGAAAUCAGAACACAAAAAGAUGAAGAAGAUGAAGACGAAGAAACGAAAGCAACAAACCACCAAUGAAGUUGAAGAACAAGUCCAUAACAGACCUUCAAAAUCCCAUCGCACCAACCAGCAGCCCGCCGAAGUUGAAGAACCAAUAAUAGUUCUGCCUGAAAUUGAAGAAUCAUUUAAGCUUCAGGAUAACUCCCCAUGGAGAAACCUACAGUUGAUUUUGUCUCUUCAGAAUAACUCUAUCCCUCUCCAACAAAAAUUGGAGAUGGCAUAUAAUUAUGUGAAAUCAAGAACAGAAGGGACAGGUGAAAGCAGGGAGGAAAUGCAGACAGUAAACUUUUCGAGAGUGAUAGUUUUCCUUAAUAAUUGGGUUCAGAAAAUACUGGUUUCUUCUGAAAAGAAAAUUAGGGUGGAAGGAGACAAACAUGGGAUGGAAAUUGCAGGGUCAUAUUUAGAUUACAAAUGUUGGGUGAUUUUCAAGUUCUGCUUGGAGGAAUCAAAAAAGAUGGGUGUUUCAUUACACUUCUUAAGGGACUUGUUACGGGUAGUCCAAUAUGUUUCAAGGGAUGCAUUGAUACGUCUGGGUGAUGAGCCUAUGGUUAGUGAAGAAUUGGAGUUACAUAGCAUAGUCCUUGAUUGCAUAUCCUUAGUGUUCUCAUCUCAUGGGGGUAUUUCUAGUGAAAAUCUAGACUUGUGGAUUUCAUUGAUUAGUAUAGUGGUUGAAUCUGUCCAAAAGGUUCUCAAUGAUAAGCUUGAAGGCACGAAGGCGGGUAUUUUUGCCAAGCAGUUGUCUUGUUACUUGCUUGAGCCAUUUGCUAAAUUUCUAAAAGUCCAUCCAACUCGUAAAAAUGGUUUCCGCGAUUUUAUAGAUAAGCUUUUUGAAGAUUUGGUGAUCUUGUGGGAUGCUUUAGAUGUUAAUGCCUUUGAAACCAAACCAGAAUGGAAAAGAAAUCUACUUGUAUUGAUAGAAGAAGUUUUAACGCAGGCAUUGUUCCAUCCAACUCAUAUUGAUGGAUUUUUGAGCCUUCAAAGUACAUCCAAGUAUAGACAUACUGAUGAUAAAAAAUCAAAAGAGGAGAAAACUUUCAUAAAAAGUUACCAUAGACACUUAUUUGAUAAGUUGGGGAAGAUUAUAACCGGGAAGAAUGCAUCAGCAGUCAGUGGUGCUGGAGAGCUGCUACGUCUGUUCAUUAAUUGUAUUUGUAGGAAAAAUGGGGUUUCAGUCGGUGCAGACGCAUUUAAGUUCCAGGAUGGCAAUUCUGCUGCCUUUUUCAAGAGCUCUUCCAAUAGUUCUGCAAUUUCAAAAAGUCCUCCUUAUUAUGGUCUGGAUGCAGAAGCGCGAAAGUCAGUUUUUGAUUUUUUUGUAGAGAUUAUGGAACUUUUCUUAUCAGAGAUUUAUGCUCACUCACAAGCCAAACUGGAAGCUGGACCUCUGUAUUUGAAAGUUAAUAGCACAUUAAGAUCUAUCAAUAAAUUGCUUGCAAAUUGUGUACUGGAAAAGGUUUAUAUACGAACUGAAGAUACAUCAGAAGGAGCUUGCUUUAAAUUUCUGAAGUUAAUUUAUGAUGCGAUCAUGUCGCUUACUGCCCAAAUGAAUCAAUUACUACAAUCAUUUGCCGCUUCAGAAGAGCAAAUACCCGGGCAAGUGUUGAUUCUAGCAGCCAAGGAAAUUUUUCUUGCUAUUCAUUAUUUAGUGGAUAUUGAAUAUGAGGUUGUUGGGGAAGAUCUAGAAAAACUAUGGGGUAUGAUACUUGCUCUUACAGCCAGUAGUCACUCUCUACUGAGCGCUUCAGAUCAGCAUUUGCUGACUUCAGAGGUACUUAAGCUUGGAUGCAGAUUGGUUCACCUCUACAGUGAACUUCGACAGGUUAACAUUGCCAUAUUCACGCUAAGCAAAGCUGUUAGAGAAGUAGUAUCAUCAUUCAGAAGCAACGAAGCAUCCAGAGCUUCUUUUCUCUAUCACUCAUUUGCUAAUUCUCUUAGCAUGUUAAUGUGCUCUCCAGAAUUCAGACUUUCCAUCAGAAAUGCUGUCAAGUCCAUUCCUGAGGGCCAAGCAAGUGGAUGCAUCCGACAGUUGAUUGUAGAUAUUACAGAAUCUCUAGAAUGGAUAAAAUCCAAAUAUCAGUUGCCUGCUGAGAGUGAUUCUGCAGAACCAUGUUUGAGUAAUCGCGGCACGCUUUGCUUUGAUCUAAAAGCCGAGCUUUUCGGGAAAAGUUUGACUGAAGUGUAUACCCUUAUUCUCGACUCAAUGACUGUUACUAGCGGUAAUAGCAACCUCAUUGCUCUUUCCGUGAAAGAUUUGAUGGCUGUUAUCCGUCCUGGUUUGAGUAGCCUGGUCUCGCAAGGUCCAGAUGUUCUUAACAUGUUCUUUCCUUUGGUAACGGACAGAACAUUCAGUAAGGCAACUGCACUUGGGAAUGACGUCCUAUCAGUAUGCUGGAUUUUGGUCUUUUUCUUUCGUUUAUAUAUGUCUUGCAGAAGCUUGCAAAGACAAGCCAUUAGCCUGAUGCCUCCAGAUGCAUCAAGGACGAUGUCAAGAGCAAUUGCUGAUUCUUUUGCAGCUUAUUCUGCAAAGGACUGGCUGGAGAGGACUGUUUGGGAAGACGAAAGUUAUUUUUCUUGGGUUGUCCAACCUUCAGCUCCUCUUCCUGCUGUUAUACAUAUUAUUGCUGAGUUUUGUCAUCAGCACACUGUUAUAGGUUGCUGUCCCCUUAUUUAUGUGUUGAGUGGUAUGGCUCUUCAAAGACUUGUUGAUUUAAAUAGGCAAAUGAAAUCCAUUGAUUACUUGCUUCAGAAGAAUAAUAAUCUAGUCCAGGCUAGGUUAGACAGUGAUGCUGGUCUGUCAUCAUACUCCAAGGAUACUAAAAAGUGGAAAAAGCAUGUCUCAACUCUGAGGAAAGAGGCAGCAGGCCUCACAGAAUUCAUGAUGAGAUAUCUCUCAUUAGUGACUGAAGAUAGGAUAUCUAAGUCCUCAGUGGAUCAAGUAAGCCGUAAGGAUACAUAUCUCGAUUAUCUGUAUGAAACCGAGGUAUGGGAUCUUGGUAUUGGCUCUAUAGAUGAGAAGCUGUUUCCAUCUGCUUUGUGGUGGAUUAUUUGCCAAAAUGUUGAUAUCUGGUGUCCUCAUGCUUCUAAAAAAGAUUUGAAGAAGUUUCUUUUAGCUCUAAUUCAGAACUCCCUUCCUUGUUUAAGCACGAAUAUGAGCGAGCUCAGGAAUCAUAUAGAGAACUCUGGCUACGUGAUUGGAGUCAACCGACAUUUGGUCUCAGUGGAACUUCUGAGCAACACCAUUUUAUAUGAACAAAGACCCAUUUGCAGGCACAUGGCAUCCAGAUUUUGCCAAAUCUUGAAGAAGUCUGUGUCGUCAAUAUUUUCAUAUGUUGGAGAAGUUGAUAUAAACAGUUCACCUGAUUGGGACAAUGCUAUACAUGUGCUUGAAAAGUCAUCUACAACAUUUUUCAGACGUGAUCAUCCACAGGAUAAUGACUUAUUACUGAUAGAGUCAAUCCAUCAUUUACUAAAUGACAUACCUGCAGAAGCUUGUGAAAAGGAACUAACUCCUAAUUUUAACACAGAAAUCACCAGAUGCCGGGCAUUUCUCAACCUUUUGAGCUGGAUACCAAAAGGACAUCUUAGUUCAAAAUCGUUCUCACUUUAUGCGACUAGCAUUCUCAAUAUCGACAGGCUUGUAGUUGGCUGCCUGUUUGAUCAGCAUGGGUCAGUAGCUUUACGCAACUGUUAUGAGCUCUUGAGGUUGCUUGUGACCUGCCGGAGAACCUUUAAAAAUCUAAUACUGGCAUCAUGCGAAGAUAAGAAAGGUCAUCAAUCCUUGCUAGCUUGCUUGUUGUCGGAGAGCUCUCCUGUUAUUUGGUUUAUGAAGUCAUUAUCUGCGAUAAAUGGUUUUCAGAGUGCAAUUUCUGGAGAGACUUCUCCUCAAUUGAAACAUAUGAGUUUCGCAUUGAUGGAUCACACAUCUUUCAUCCUUUUGACUCUGUUCAAAGAUCAAUUUAAAGUUAUUCUUGCUUUGACUGCUGGGAAGUCUUAUGCUGGAGCUCUCAGUUCUGUUGAUGGCCAUGAAGAGACUGAUCUGAAAGAAAAUGAUCCAUGUCCAGAUUUCCUUGAUAAUGGUGAUGCACGGAGAAGUGUUUUAUCUGUAGCUGACACCUUAAUGGAACAUGCACAGGACUUGCUGGACUCCCUAAAUGUAGUGUUUGUUAACAGAAAAGUGGGUGAUCUAGCUGGGCUUCAGGAAAUAGAAAAAGUCUCACCUGUAGUUUCCUGCUUUCAGGGCUUCUUAUGUGGUCUAGCUUCUGCAAUGGACAAUUUGGAUGUUAAAAGUAGCAGUCCUCUUAUAGAAUCAACAAGCUGCAACCUCAAACUUCUGUCCACAAUGAAAACAUGUGCGGACUUAUUAAACUCCGUUUUGCAUUUGUUGUUUCUUGAGAGUGAUCAAUGCACUCAAGGUUUGUCUAAUACCCACUUUUCUAUUGAGACAGAAUUUUGCAAUAAACUGUUGCCAAUGAGAACUCACCCAUCUAGGGACUCUGCUAAUGAGGUUGAUUCUGUGAAUAAGGAAGAACAGCAUUCUGGUUCCGCUGGCUCCGGUUUUGAGUCUCUUUUGGCCAAUGUAGACUUUGAGCAACAAUAUUUGAGAAAAUCUCUGUUACAAGGACUUUUCAAAGGAGAGAAUCUUGAAGCAGCAUUUUGUCUGCGGCAAAUUUUCAAUGCUUCUUCAGCUAUUCUAAAAUUCUCGUUGCAUACAAAGUCUACUUCCUUGCUGUCGAGUCUACUUCCCAUACUAGUCCGAGUUUCUCAAGUUUUGCUUUUUGAGUUUGCCAACCAUAGUGGGGCACUAGAACAGUUUUCUUUUAUUUGGUUGGAUGGUGUUGUGAAGUUCAUUGGAGAGCUGGGAAAAAUAUUUCUACUGCUUAAUCCUUUGUCUUCUAGAGAUUUCUUUGUCAAGCAAAUAGAAUUGCAUCUGAGGGCCAUGGGGAAGUGCAUAUCGUUACAAGGGAAGGACGCUACUGUAGCAUCACGAGAGAUAGAAUCAAGUACCAAGAUGCUAAGUGGUCUGCCAGAACUUGACCUACCCAACUCCAAUUGGCUAAAUCACUUGGAUGAGUUAAAAUCCAGAUUGAGGAUGUCAUUUGCGAAUUUUGUCAGCAGAUCUUCUGAAUUGCAUUUAUUGUCUGCUAUUCAGGCUAUUGAGAGAGCAUUAGUUGGUGUGCAGGAACACUGCAUUAUUAACUAUGAGGUAACUACUGGAAGUUCAGAUGGAGGAAAGGUCUCGGCUAAUGUUGCUGCAGGCAUUGAUUGCUUGGAUUUGAUUCUUGAAUCUGUAUCAGGACGUAAGAAGUUGGCUGUGGUCAAAAGGCAUAUCCAGAGCUUAGUAUCGUCUCUACUCAAUAUAGUCCUGCACUUGCAAGGUCCCAAGAUCUUUUUCAGAAAUCUUAAGUUCAGGAAAGAUUUUGCUGAACCCGACCCUGGCUCUGUCUGUCUUAUGUGCAUUUCGGUGCUGACAAAAAUUUCUGCCAAACACGCCUUCUUCCAAUUGGAAGCAUGCCAUAUUGGGCAGUUAUUGCAUAUGCCUGCUGCAAUAUUUCAGAGUAUUUUCCAGCUUUGGAUAUCCAAAGGUCCUCUUUGUUCUAAUUAUACAGGAGGCUUGAUGUUCGGAGAAACUGAGGUUCCUCGAACCGAAAGAAGUGCUGUGGAUAGACAAUUUUGCAUAAAGUUAUAUGCGGCAUGCUGCCGCAUGCUGUGUAAUGUUCUUAAGCAUCACAGAAGUGAGGCACGGCGCUGCAUCGCUCUUCUGGAAGAUUCAGUUGGCAGGCUCCUUAAUUGUUUGGAGAUGGUAUGCACUAGUCCAGUUGAAGGAGAUUAUUUUGGAUGGGAAGUGCAAGAAGGAGUAAAAUGCGCCAGUUUCCUUCGAAGGGUGUACGAAGAGAUUAGGCAGCAAAAAGAUGUCUACGGUGACCAUUGUUUUCAAUUCCUAUCUUGCUACAUAUGGGUUUACUGCGGAUAUGGUCGCCUUAGAAAUGGAAUCAUCCGGGAAAUUGAUGAAGCUCUAAGACCUGGUGUCUAUGCUUUAAUAGAUGCUUGUUCAGCAGAUGAUCUUCAACGUCUUCACACAGUAUUUGGAGAGGGGCCCUGCAGAAGCACCCUUGCGACUUUGCAACAUGAUUACAAGGUCCAUUUCCAAUAUGAAGGAAAAGUGUGAUUGAUCAUUUUAACUACCUUUGUUGGCUAAGUCUUCCUUGUGGAGGAUCUGUAUAACUAUUGCUUUUGCGAGCAAAGUCUGCAUUGUGGAGGAAACAAAUAAGAAUUGCAUAGUAAUAUUGCCAGUGAAGCAACCUCGACAUUGCAGCAUUGCUCUCGAGGUUUAAGGCUUGCAAGAUGGUUUGCUUAGAGGAGAAUAUAUUCCAAGAGAUCAAGAUUUUUUGUUCAAUUGCAGCACGCGCAACAGCAAUGCCGCUCUUGAUCCACUUUUCAAGACCAAGGGAUGAAGGCUAAUGAAAGCGAAGUGUGAAGAUUUAAGGUUUGCUUGUGCUCAGCUGCUAAUGUUGUAGCAAACUGUAUACACGCCCUUCAGCAAAAUCUGACACAUUUUGUACAAAAACGAUUUUGCCGAGCUCGAGCCUUGGGUGUUCCCCUGUACCUGUAUGGCUAGAAGUAUUAUGCCUCUUUUCAAUUAUUUGAUGAUUCAAGGGCCGUA